AGUGCCCACAGUUUCGUUCAAAAUUCCGAAGCGAGAGAUUGUCGUGGGAGUAUUGCGCGCGCCCCGUUCGCAUUUAUGUGUUUUUAUCGUGAUUCUGUCAACCGAAAUCAUAUGUUUUUAGCCAGGAGAGAGACGAAAAAAACGGGCGCAGUUCUGCGGUGGAAAAUCGAAAAUUAGCAAGCGCACGGCACACACAGUGAUUGGUGAUUAAGGCGAAUUGAAAGUGAAUCAAAAUAUGGUUGGCCAUUCGAAAACCGUGGAAUAAAAACGUGAACAAGCCAGAAAAUAAAAUUGUUAUCGCUCUCCGUCUCUGUCGCUCUAUCUCAUCUCCCUCUCUCUCUGCGAUUUGCUCUCCGUGUGUUUAUGUCUCAGCUGUGCGAGUGUGUGUGGCCGAAAGUGUGGGUGUGUGCGUGCCAGUGUUUGUGAUUUUAUGUUGUUGUUUUGCUUGCUUUCGCGUGAAAUUCAACAAGAACAACAACAGCAACAACGACAACAACUACAAAAAUUUAAAUUGAGAUUUUCACAUUAAGUCUUCAGUUACAGGCGCCUAUUUUCCAUCUACCAGUCUGAAGUCUCGGUCUGAAGUGCUAGCCAGGACUUUCCUUUUUUGCCACCGCCUGGCCUCAUCAAAAAUCCAAUUAAUUGAAUUUUGUAUUUGCAUCACAACCACUCGUUGAGCCCCUCAUAGCCAGAAUUCCGAGCAACGCGCGCAAAAACCAUUGGAAAAAUCCUCACGCACAAUGAAAAACGACGUCGUGCGAUGGAGCAGGCAGCCAACUAGCAACAUCAACAGCAGCAGCAGCAGCAAUAGUAGAAGCAGCAACAGCCACAAACACAGAAGCAAAAGCAACGAAUUAAAUGCUCGACAAUUAGGGCCACAUGCUGCCAGAAGUUGUCAGCAGAGAGAGGAAGAAGAACAACAACAAACAAUCAAUGAAUGUGAUAUAGGAAAUUUCAAUUUCGAUUGCAAUUUAUUCAAAACUAGUUUUUUAACGCAAUACAAACCGAAACUUAGUGGCAACAGCAGCCAGAGGAGAAGCAACAGCAACAGCAAAAGCAGAUGCAUCAGCAGUAGUAGCAGCAGACACUUGGCGAAAACGAAAGCUAUUUUGCUGUUAGCUCUGCAAUUUAGUGCCGUAGUUUUUUUAUGUAAUUUUAAUGUCGGUUUCGUGGCGGCGGCAUCAUCAGCAGCUGGAGCAAGCGGUUCAUCACCAUCGACGGCUCCAUCCGCAGCGCCAUCAUCCCCGCCCGCACCACCGGCUGCACCACCGCAGCAGCCACCGUCAUCGCCACUCAAAGUGGAUCCAAAUGGCCAGUCGCCAGUGCUGCCGCCCUACGUUCUUGACUAUGAGACGGGGGGCAGGGUCAAGUUAACGCCAAACAACGGCAAGUACAGCGGCCAGUCGGGCAGUUCAGGGAGCAACAACAACCAAAUCGUCGGACACUACACCCACACCUGGGCGGUUCACAUACCGAACGGCGAUAAUGGCAUGGCCGAUGCUGUAGCCAAGGACCACGGUUUCGUCAAUUUGGGCAAGAUCUUCGAUGAUCACUACCACUUCGCACAUCACAAGGUCUCGAAGAGGUCGCUCUCACCCGCCACGCAUCACCAGACUCGCUUGGAUGACGACGAUCGCGUCCACUGGGCGAAGCAGCAGCGGGCCAAGUCGCGAUCCAAGCGGGACUUCAUCCGGAUGCGACCAUCGAGGACCUCCUCGCGGGCCAUGUCGAUGGUGGACGCCAUGUCCUUCGACGACUCCAAGUGGCCGCAGAUGUGGUAUCUGAACCGCGGUGGUGGCCUGGACAUGAAUGUGAUACCCGCCUGGAAGCAGGGCAUUACCGGCAGAGGUGUGGUGGUAACAAUUCUGGACGAUGGCCUGGAAUCGGAUCACCCGGACAUACAGGAUAACUACGACCCCAAGGCCUCGUACGAUGUGAACAGCCACGAUGACGAUCCGAUGCCGCACUACGACAUGACGGACUCGAAUCGCCAUGGAACCCGCUGUGCCGGCGAGGUGGCAGCCACCGCGAACAACAGCUUCUGUGCCGUGGGCAUUGCCUAUGGAGCCAGCGUGGGCGGAGUGAGGAUGUUGGAUGGCGAUGUGACGGAUGCAGUGGAGGCGAGAUCGCUGUCGCUGAAUCCGCAACACAUCGACAUAUACAGUGCGUCGUGGGGACCCGAUGACGAUGGCAAGACUGUGGAUGGACCCGGAGAGCUGGCCUCACGCGCCUUCAUCGAGGGAACGACCAAAGGACGCGGCGGCAAGGGCAGCAUCUUCAUCUGGGCCUCCGGCAACGGAGGACGGGAGCAGGACAACUGCAAUUGCGAUGGGUACACGAACUCCAUCUGGACGCUGUCCAUCUCCAGUGCCACGGAGGAGGGCCAUGUGCCCUGGUACUCGGAGAAGUGCAGCUCCACGCUGGCCACCACCUACAGCAGCGGCGGGCAGGGCGAGAAGCAGGUGGUCACCACGGACCUGCACCAUUCGUGCACUGUCUCCCACACGGGCACCUCGGCGUCCGCACCGCUCGCCGCUGGCAUUGCCGCCCUGGUGCUGCAGUCCAACCAGAAUCUCACCUGGCGCGAUCUGCAGCACAUUGUGGUGCGCACCGCGAAGCCGGCGAAUUUAAAGGAUCCCAGUUGGUCGCGCAACGGGGUGGGGCGGCGGGUGAGCCACUCCUUUGGCUACGGAUUGAUGGACGCCGCCGAGAUGGUGCGUGUGGCCCGCACCUGGAAGUCGGUGCCGGAGCAGCAGCGUUGCGAGAUCAACGCUCCCCAUGUCGACAAGGUCAUUCCACCUCGCACUCACAUCACCCUGCAGCUGACCGUGAAUCACUGCCGUUCGGUCAAUUAUCUGGAGCACGUCCAGGCCAAGAUCACGCUCACCUCGCAGAGACGCGGAGACAUCCAGCUGUUCUUGAGGUCACCCGCCAACACCAGUGUCACGCUGCUAACACCUAGGAUCCAUGACAAUUCCCGUUCCGGUUUCAACCAAUGGCCCUUCAUGUCGGUCCACACCUGGGGAGAGUCGCCACAGGGCAACUGGCAGUUGGAGAUUCACAACGAGGGUCGCUAUAUGGGCCAUGCUCUGCUCAGGGAAUGGUCGCUGAUCUUUUACGGCACCACUCAGAGCAUCGAUCCCAACGAUCCGAUCUCGGUGCCCAGACCAAGUGGUUCGGAGGCAACCACACCGAACAGCAGCAGCACCACCAGUAAUCUGCAUCAGGCCUACUCACCCCAGUAUCCCCGCAUUCCGCCCAAUAACUUUGGUAGCUCACCUUCGGGCGGGUCCAAGUUGCCAUUGGGCAAAGUGCCUCCCGUACCGCCCAAUAAAUCCAGUUUUGUGACCAACAAUCCGCUGCUGAAUCCUCCAUCGCCGAAACAGGGUUACCAACAAAUCUCGGCCACCUACGGUGUGAUAUUGGGAAAGGCCAGUGGAAAGACUAACAAUAAUAACAGUAAGGAGAAGACCAAUAGCAAGGCGAAUAAGGGUAAUAAUGGUAACAAGGGGAACAAGGGUGGUGCCAAUCGCAAGGAGCCAACCACCCAGAGCACAAUCGUUCAGACAACCACCAGUAAAAACAAGUACUACCGCAUUUCCCAGCAACAGCAGCAGCAGCAAAAGAACAAUAAGCAGGACAGGAAUGGAGUGCAGACACAGAGGCCUAAAGCCAAUUCCGGCGAGAAAUCCUAUGAUGAGAAGACCCGCAAAGUGGUGGGUGAGAUCACGACGGGAACGAGUGGUUCCAAUGGAUCCAUCAAAGCAGCCAAGCAGGUGAAGGAGAGUAGUGGUGCCACCUCCUCCUCCUCCUCUUCGAACUCCCGUAUACCCAAGCUCUUCGAGCGCUACGAAAAGAUACAGGCCAUUUUCCCGGAACUAGAACCCUAUGAAAAUAGUUCACCCAAGGGAAAACCGAAACAGGCCAAGCAGGGCAAGCAAUUCGAGGUGGAGCUAUUCAGACCCACCACGGGCGGAAAUAGUCGCCAGGGAAAUACGAAGAAAUCACCAUCGGUGCCGCCGCCUUCGCAAACGAUGGCAACCCUCUCCAUUUUGCCCAUCCUGCCCGCCGGCGGAAGUAGCUUCCUGCCCGAUCAGAAAAUCCUGAAGAAGCAGCAACUGCUGAUGGCCGCCGCUGGAGUGAUGGCUCCUGCCGAGGUGGAACUGGAAAUGGAGGAGGUCCAGGCGACGCCUGAUUACGAGCCACCAAGGGACCAGCGAAAGGAGGUCAACGCACCAAAUGCACAAAUCACACAAUGGGACAUGAUAUUCUACGGCACCGAGACCCCCGCCCAACCCGAGGACGUGGCCAAUCCCAGCCAGUCGAACCAGUUCAAUCUGUACGGAAACGAUAUGGCCCACAACGACAUUGAGUACGAUUCCACCGGCCAGUGGAGGAAUAUGCAGCAGGUGGGCGAGGUGGGCAUGACCCGAGAUCACAGCAACACCGCCGCGUGCCUUAAGUGGAGCGAUCGCAAGUGCUUAGAGUGCAAUGAUACGGCCUAUAUGUAUGAGGAUCUGUGCUAUGAUGUCUGCCCCCUGCACACGUAUCCAUUUGAUAAGCUGGCAGCGGAUGAGGAAGAACUGGACGACGAUGUGAGCAGGGCUCCUGUUAAUCCCUACAGCAGUCCCACCACCGAUCAUCCAUCCUCAGUGAUGUCCAACAGCAUUGACGACAGCCAUGAUCCUCUGCAGGCGGAGGAUCGUCGUCGUCGUCGACGCAGCUUAACCACUGAGGGGGGACUCACUCCUUUGGUGGAGACUCCGGCUAGGAUCUGUGCUGUUUGCGAUCGGAGCUGCUUGGCCUGCCACGGACCGUUGGCCUCCCAGUGCAGCACCUGUUCGCCGGGCAGCCAACUGCGGAAGAUCCUGAACGAGACCUUCUGCUAUGCCUACGUGGUGCGCAGCACCGGAAUGGCCAGUGUGGUGGACAUUUCUGAGAUCGGCACACAGCAAUAUAUGGCUGGCACCACUGUGCUUCUUUUGGUGGCGCUGGUUUUCACCCUAAUGGGAGUCUUAGUGGCCGGAGGCAUCGUCUACCAUCGCCGGGCUAUGGCGCAAAACAACGAACUCUACUCCCGAGUAUCUCUGAUGGCCGGCGAUGAAAGCGACUCGGAUAACGAGGAUGAACUGUUCAGGGCACAUUUCCUGGGAAAGAAGAGGGAUGUCAUCGAGUAUCGCGACGAAGCGCCCAGCGAAAAGAUCUCCGAAAAGGAAGAGAUCAGCCAUUUGGUACCCUAGAUGAUCGAAUUAAAUUAUUAGUUACGUAAUGCAUUUAGCCACCCUCAUAAACACCAGAAAUAUUAUAUCUAAAUCCCCAAGCCAAGGACAAUCACAUGUUUGGUAUAUAUUUUGUUACAUUCGACGGCAUUACAGCUCCUUGAUUUCAAGCCAAAAUAGAUUAAAAGUAUUAAAAAUCAAAAAACGAAAAAAAAACGAGAAUCAAAACUAAUUUUAUGUAAUAUUUAUGCCUUA